CAGAGACCCAGAGACUAAACCAUGGAAAAGGUGACGGUGAAGGGGCUGGGCAAGGAGUUCGUCGUGCCCUUGCCCGACACCCUGAAGGAGCUGAAGCGGCUCGUGGCCAGGCAGAGCGGCGUGCCUGCCUUCCAGCAGCGUCUGCUCCUCCACCCCGAAGGCAGACUGCUGCAGGACAGGCCCGACCUGGACAGCCAGGGCCUGUGGCCUGGUGGCGUCGUGGUGCUGGUGGUGGAGCUCUGCGACUCCCCGCUGACCAUCCUGGUGAAGAACCACCAGAGCGUCAGCAAGGCCUACGACGUGCUGCUGACGGACACGGUGGCCGAGCUCCAGCGGCAAGUGUCCGAGAAGGAGAAGGUGCAUGUCGACCAGUUCUACCUGAACUUCCAGGGGAUGCCCAUGGAGGACCGAGAGCAGCUGGGAGAGUACGAGCUCACACCCAGCUGCACCGUGGACAUGCACCUGCGGAUGCGGGGAGGCGCCGGGGCCCUGGCCCGACGCCCCCACCACGGGCAAUAAAGUUCUGAGGAUGCUU